UCCCCUUGUCUGGUGGGGCUGAGCUGCUCCUCUUCCUCCAAAGAUGCCCCGUUAUGAGUUGGCUUUGAUUCUGAAAGCCAUGCAGAGGGGUUGGUACAGUAGGCCUCACUAAACUUAGCUGCAACUAAGAAUUUAUCCUACAUCAACAAAGUUAAUGAUGAUACUCUUGUGGAUUGGAGAAUAAAAGAGCACACUAAGUAUUUAAGAAGCGGAAAAAAACACAUUUUAUCUUCUCAGAUUUAUACUGCAUUCACUGCUAUCAAGACAGCAAACCAAAGGACAGAUUUUUGAUCCACAGUGUGUGUAAAACUAAACUGAUUUAUCUUACUAAGGCUCGGGGUUUAUGACCUGGACACCAACAUUUGGAAGUUACUUGUUUUACAAAAAUGAGGGCGGCUUUGCAACCAGCAGACAUUGCCAUUGUGGCGCUCUAUUUUGUGCUUGUUUUGUGCAUAGGCUUUUUUGCCAUGUGGAAAUCCAAUCGAAGCACUGUAAGUGGGUACUUCCUUGCAGGGCGAUCUAUGACAUGGGUUGCAAUUGGUGCUUCUUUGUUUGUAAGCAACAUCGGAAGUGAACACUUCAUAGGGCUUGCAGGAUCAGGAGCAGCAAGCGGAUUUGCCGUGGGGGCAUGGGAAUUCAAUGCCUUAAUGCUUUUGCAACUUUUGGGAUGGAUUUUUGUUCCGGUCUACAUACAUUCUGCAAUAUACACCAUGCCUGGGUACUUAUCCAAACGCUUUGGAGGGCACAGAAUUCAAGUAUAUUUUGCUGUUUUGUCUCUAAUUCUCUAUAUCUUCACCAAACUCUCAGUAGAUUUGUAUUCGGGAGCAUUGUUCAUUCAAGAGUCAUUGGGCUGGAAUAUUUAUUUAUCAGUGACACUUUUGAUUGGAAUGACUGCAUUGCUGACAGUGACUGGAGGUCUUGUGGCAGUUAUCUACACAGACGCAGUUCAAGCUUUGCUUAUGAUUAUUGGUGCCUUCACACUUAUGAUCAUAAGUAUUAGAGAAGUGGGUGGGUUUGAAGAGCUUAAACGAAAAUACAUGUUGGCCAUACCAAAUGUUACAUCAAUUUUAUUGACACAUAAUCUUUCCAGUACUAAUUAUUGCCAUGUUGACCCAAAACCGGACGCACUGAAAAUGUUACGUGAGCCAACUGAUGAAGAUAUUCCUUGGCCUGGUUUCAUUUUGGGACAGACUCCAGCUUCUGUAUGGUACUGGUGUGCAGACCAAGUAAUUGUCCAGAGAGUGUUAGCAGCAAAAAAUAUUGCUCAUGCUAAAGCAGCCACUCUGAUGGCAGGUUUUUUAAAACUCUUACCUAUGUUCCUUAUAGUUAUUCCAGGUAUGAUAUCACGGGUAUUGUUUGCAGAUGAUAUUGCAUGCAUCAAUCCAGAACAUUGUAUGAAAGUUUGUGGAAGCAGAGCUGGAUGCUCUAACAUUGCCUAUCCGCGUCUGGUAAUGAAUCUUGUUCCUGUUGGUCUGAGGGGCCUUAUGAUGGCUGUAAUGAUAGCUGCUCUAAUGAGUGAUUUAGAUUCUAUCUUUAACAGUGCCAGUACCAUCUUUACACUUGAUAUAUAUAAGCUCAUAAGGAAGACUGCAUCAUCCAGAGAACUGAUGAUUGUUGGAAGAAUUUUUGUCGCUUUCAUGGUUGUAACAAGCAUUGCUUGGGUCCCAAUAAUAGUGGAAAUGCAAGGAGGACAAAUGUAUCUAUAUAUACAAGAGGUAGCAGAUUAUUUGACUCCUCCAGUGGCUGCUAUAUUUCUUUUAGGUGUAUUCUGGAAGCGCUGUAAUGAACAAGGGGCCUUCUUUGGUGGGAUGAUUGGAUUUGCUUUAGGAGCUACACGGUUGAUUCUGGCAUUUAUCUAUCGUGUCCCUGAAUGUAACCAGCCAGACACUAGACCAUUUUUCAUCAAGAAUAUCCAUUAUAUGUAUGUUGCUACUGGACUGUUUUGGAUCACUGGAAUUGUGGCUAUAAUAGUCAGCUUUUUGACCCCACCACCUUCAACAGAACAAAUUCGUACAACUACAUUUUGGUCUACAAAAAACAGAACUGUAAAAGAAAGCACAUUAACAGGCAGUCCAUAUGAAGCACAAGAAAAGAAUGUGUUAAAGUAUGGUGUAGUGGUAUCUUCAAAUGGGAAGUCUGAAGAUAAUGUUAAAAAUGAACAGCCUGAAAAUGUCAAUCUUCUAAUUACUUCCAGAGAUGACAGCAAUCCAGUGAUUUCGUUGAACUCUGAAGUUGAAACACCAGUUGAUUGUUACUCUAAUGGGCAGGCAGCGCUUAUGGAUAACAAGAAGAGUGAAGAGGAAAUUGGGAGUAAUGACAAAGAUUGGAAGUUUAUAGAUUGGUUCUGUGGCCUUAAAAGCAAAAAUGUGAAUGAAAGAGCCACCCAAGAUAAGAGGGAAGAAGAGACUAUCUGUCUACAAAUGCUGGAAGAGACUCCAAAAGUUAAAUUAUUACUUAAUUUUGGAUUAUUUUGCGUGUGUUUUCUUGGAAUAUUCAUGUUUGUUUAUUUUUCUUUGUGAACAGUUUUUUAAGAGUGUGGCCUGAUAUUCAAAACACACAACUAGUCCUUGGAGAAAUAUAUAAUUAUGUGUGUUCUGUGUCAUAUCUCAGGCUUCCUUUACAUUAUUGUUCUUAACCAGUUUGAAAAUCAUUACAAAACCUAUAGCUUAGUGUUUUUAUUUCAGUGCAGAAUGGGGAUUUUAUUCAAUACCAAAAGUUGAAUUUCAAUAUAUCAAAGUAAGAAAUUAGUUUAUUAAAAUAAUCAUUUGCAAAUGGUCAAGGUGAAACUAGUGUUAAUGUUGGUACUAACACUUCAAAUAUUGGUAAAUUACACAUAUACAAUUAUGAGUCAUCUUAAUAAUUUCUGAUUAUUUUCCUUUUACCCAGUACUCAAAACAUUGUUUUUGACUAGGUUCCCAACAAAUAUCUAAGUAUUAAAACUGAAUUACACAACUCUUGAUAAUUCUUAUCAUCUAAAAUUAUGCACCACUAAAUACAAUACUUCCCUUUCUCCAUUCACUAGAUGAAGUAUUUAUCAAUAAUAGCAGUAAGUUUGAAGAAAAAUUCAAAUUACACAGAAAGAAUGGUCCAGUUUACAUCUCCCUAGUUGAUACUCUGACAUUGAUUUAGGUCUCCAUUGCAAAUUAUGCUAUUUGGUAUUAUAGUUCAAAUUACCUGGAGACAAAAUGGCAGUCUAAAUGGUGGUAAGAGGGAAAAAAACACCUCAGUAUUUUCAGUUAAAAAUACUUUUUUGGUAAGUUGGAAUUUUUUCAUAAAAUUAAAUUUACACAUUAACAUUGUAAGAUUAUAGUGAUUCCUCCAACCUCUUGCAGAAUGAAAAGCAAAAAAACCUCUAACAUCCUCUGUGAAAUCUUUUUCACGGUGUAAAAAAAAAAGCCACUGUGAAAUAAGCAAUUUUGUACCAAAGACUUUUUUUUAACUCACCCUUUUCCAGGGUUGGACUUCAGUGACAACCCCCCCCCCCCAAUCUUUCCAGCAGUUUAGAUGAGGGCUUAUGUUCUUCUUCUCAGCCACCAUAUCAACCUUCCCUCCAGUGUUCCAAUCGUCUCCCCAUGCAUAAGCCAAACAAGCCCUGGGUUUUAGUUUGCGCUCAAA